AUGAACUUCCUCGAUCACCAGCGCUCUAAUUACUGGUAUAGCAACACUCCACCUGAUUGGAGAUUUGGCGAAAUACUAGACGACGAUGAGAAAUAUUUCAAUUUCACCAUCGGUGUGAACAGCUCAACUAAAAUUGGCUACAACACGCGUGAUGAGUAUAAGAUUUAUGCGAAAUUUACAACCACUAUUCUUGGCUUCACCUACUACAAAAUCAUCAAGGUGGUUCAUGGUGGCGGAUGCACGGAAACUGGGACGCCGGACCGCGCAAAAGUCGACACGUACCACAAACCGCAAAUAUUAUCGACGCCUGGGAGUGGACCAGAGUUUGCGAAGGAAGUCGCUGGCAAGAUUCCGUUUCCGAAGCCGACACAAGAAUUUCAAUUUUACGAGAAUUAUUUCGGAAAGGAGUAUCUUUUUCGAGGCACUGUGUGUGAUGUAGUUGGAGCAACAAUGGGUCUAGAGCAGUUCAAGGAAUAUAUGGCUCGAUUCGGUUCUCGUUGGAGACUCGCGACCGAAGAAGAAGCCGGCGGCGAUAAGCCGGAGUUUGUUGAGCUUCUCAACAUUCCCGAUAUGUAUAUAUUCCGAUACACGGUUCCGUUAUAUUUCAAUAAUCAAACGGCGAAUUGGGUUUACAAAAUUCGAUGCAACUAUAAUCUCCAUGGCUUCCGUAAAUGGUAUGUGACAAUUGUGGAAUCAAUGUGCCCACAAAAGUACAUUGGGCGUCGAAUGCGAAAUAUUUAUGUUAAAGAAUUGGUGAAUCGAAUGAAGGAAGCAAUCAGAGAGCUAUUGUCUGCCGACAGCAAUCGAUGGAAAUCGAGAUUCGUGUUCAAUGAUAUCUACGAGCCAUUAAAGGAUGGAGAACAAAGCAUUAAAGUGUGCAACAUGGUGUCGGGCGACGUGACGAAAACAAUGUGGCACUUGUACACAACAAGUAAAGGAAAUGUUACACUGUCUACUUCUGUUCUCUACAGUGGUCGACCGUAUAAGUUCCGUGUCACCACCGAUGUGUUCAACGAGCAUCAUUAUCGUAUUAAUUGGGAUUUUGAAAUUGGCUUUGACCUUCUGAUGGCAAGCUUUCACCUUGAAAAAGUUUAUAUUUCGUGCCCAGAGCUUAUUGAAUAA